AUGCCGAAUUUGGCACCGUCUCUGGCUCUGGGCCUAACGGCCUUACCUAGUUCUUUCACCUCGUCGCCCACAAGCGCUGCUACCGCAGUCCUCUCCCCCUCUCCCCCGCCUCUCCUUCCGCCGACUCCUGCAACCAUGGCGGGGUGGUUCGGCUGGGUGUUGACCUUCGUCUUCCAGGUCAUCCCGCGUUGUCUAUACUGGCUCAUCGCGUUCACGACCAUUACCUUGCCCACAUGGCUGUUCACGCUCUUCUCUAUGAGCCUGACAUUCACCAUGAACUUCACCACACUGUACGCUUCCGCGGCUUCUGGUCCAAUGACGUAG